CCCGGACGCGGUCUCUGCGCGACCUUCACCCUCCUUGCCUCCGUUCUGUCUCUCCGGAGCGCCUUCCUCUUUGCUGAAUUUUCUCGUCGCUCUUCGACUCGGAAAAAACCAACCCUACGUGCAGAGCGCUUUCACGCGCGCUUGGCACCUCCACAGUUUGGGGAAAGCAGUCCUGGCUGUAUCUCGCCCUCCCCAGUCGCAAACAGCCGGUCUUUCAACUCACACAAAGGCUUCUUCUCUCCUCGCCUUUCUUCUCUCUUUCUCCUUCCUCGCCGCGGUGAGAGCUGUCCGCCAAGUGCCGAGAGCUUUCCGAAAGAACGGGACCUCGAGGAGAACCGAACUUCCUUUUCUUCUGAUCAGACUGAAAAACGGUUCGACGCCAUGUGGGGAAAGCUACUCACUGACACCUACAACAGAGUCCGCACAAAGGCUGAUGAGGUUCGUCAGCAAGUGUCGAGCACCGUCCAGGCGCAGCAUGUAACGAUUUCAAAGGCGCGAGAGGUUCUUCUUUCGCUCGGCUCGUCGUCAGGCAGAGUCGAAAGUCGCGCGAACGCAAUCGCCCAAGCUGCGGAGACGGUCAGCGCCGAAGAGCUCUUGAAGCAGCUUCAGUGGGACGCGAGCGGUGUACGUACAGUCGACGAAGUCCACGAACUGCUCCUUCUCUGGCGGAUGCUCACGCUGCAGGCUCCGUUGCAUGGCGCGCCUCGUUUUUUUUCUGCGGAGUACGGAGGCCAGGAGCGUUUCUCGCGCUGUUCGCCUACGCGUUCUGGAGAGCAAGUGGAAGGCGACUUGUUUUCUUCUUUAUCUUCGUUUUCUCUCAACUCUGCUUUCUCCUCUGCUCUCUCCGUGUCUGCGAAGAGCGACAGCUUGCCUGGCGGUGAGGCAGGCCUCACAGCUCGCGAGUCUGGCGAGGAGAAAAACUCUCAAGAGAAUCGAGAAAGAGGAGACGGCGGCUACGCAGCGCUGCCUCACUCGGCCGUCGCGGUGCCGCCGCCAGCGAGGCCUUCCUUUGCGCAGGAGCUACGAGAAGAAGCCGAACGAGGAGAACAAGCUGUCUACGGCGACGGCCUUUCCUUCAAAGAAAUUCUCCUCCGGUCCAACGCACUGGAAAGAUGUCUCCUUGCCAUCGCGAGACGCGGGAGUCUCCGGUCGCACUUUGCUACUCACACGCAAGACCUGCUGGAAUCACGUCGCGAGGCUCGCCGCCGAUUCGAGAAGAGACAGGCUUCUUCCGACUCUGCGUCGCGUCUCGUCUCCAGCGCGGAAUCCUCCAAGGAGAAAGGUCGCUCCGCUGAUUCUGGAAACGCGCCUUCUGCGGGGGUGUCGGGAGCCGAUGCUGCAGGAAAGGCAGGCGACGCUGAGGCCUCGGAGGAGGGAUCACCUGAGGGGACUCAGGGAGAGAGAGAAGAAAGAGGAGAAGGCGAAGACGGAAAAAACUUGGCUGCUCUGCCGCCGUCGCCUGCCCUGGACGCUGUCCUCUCUCUCAUGUCGCUCUGCCUCGCGGGAUCGCAACACAGUCACCUGGAACUUCUGCACUCUCUUUUCCGGGCAGCGCAUGCAGCUGCGGCAGCAGGGCCUCUCUCUAGCGGACGUCGCCUCGAGGAAACAAGGACACCAGACAGAGCAGAGAAGUCGCAGGAACUCAGAACGCGCGAGAAAAAAGAAGACAGAAACCAAGAAGAGAAGACCUCAAAAGUAGAAGAGAAGUUGAAAGAAGAAGAGAAGUUGAAAGAAGAAGAGAAGCUGACAGGGGAUAGUCGGCGGUUGACAGGGUCGGCUGUUGAGGAAGGCGUGGUGGUGGUGGAGGCGACGUUGCAGUUGAUUGCUACUUGGAAAAGAAACUGGGUCUUGGAGAGAAAAGAAGAUGCGCGCCGAAGACUCGAAGCCGAGGCGAGGCACUUGGCUGCGAAAAUCGAGGACUGCGGUUUACGUGAUGACGCAGAAGAAGAGGACCCGCUGGUCACACACAACAUUCGACUGCUGGCGAACGCCCAGCUGCUCGAUUUACAGCAGAGAAUCAUUUGCGUGAAAGAGCAACUUUUGCAGGACCAAGCCGAAGAGGCACAGAGGAAGCUCGCUGCCCUUGCCAAGCUGAAGACUGCGCGGGAGGCUCUCACGCGAAACUUUGAAGACGCGGGGGAGGCCGUGGAACAGCAAAAGAAAGACGUUCAGAUGCGCAUGAGUGAAACAAGCGAAGUGCUGCUGAAGGAGGCAGCGGGGCUGGAAGAACGUCGAACGGCAAUGCGCGGGAACCUCGAGACACUCAAAAAAGAACGAGAGGAUCUCGAGCAGCGUCUCGCCAUGUGCAUCCAAAAGAUCGCCUCUGUUCAGGCCGAGGAGGCGGACCUGCAAGCUGAAGAAGAGGGUCUCCACUUGGAUCUUCUGCAUGUUCAGAAAGAGUACAAAGAACAGAUUCACCUGCACCAGGCGCGCAGACAACAGCAGAGUGAACUUCGCUCGGCCCUCAGAGAGCUGGACUGCACCGGCGCGAGUCUCGUCGACCUCCUCCAGAGCGACGCCGCGAAAAAAAAGGAAGCGAUUGGGCAAGAUGUAGACAGACUGAAAGGCGCGCUGCAGACGCAGGUGUGUCGGCACCUGGCUUUCGAGAAGACGCGUCUUCAGCAGCAAGUGCAGUUUCUUCUGCAGUGCAUGCAGACGCUCGACUCUCUCCACGCCGAGGGUGAGAAGCGCCUGGCGGCGCGUCGCGAAGUCAAAGCAGAGAAGACAGCGGAGGAACGAGCAGAAGGACAAGCAGGGGAGAAGGGAGAAGACCCAGAAGAAAAAGGAGAAGAGGACAGAGGCGAGGGAGGAGAGCGGCGACGCAGUGACGACUUUGAGUCUGUCUCCGCGUUCUCUGCGGAGGAGCAGGCCGUCUUGUUUGGAGUGCAGAAGCGUUUGCUGCGGGGCAGUCGGCAACUGGAUAACUUCUAUGCGGAGACAGAACAGUUUGUUUCUCUCCACCGCGACGUGCUCGUAGGUGCUCUACGUCAGCAGCGACAGAUCUUUCGACACAAACAAGAAGAAGCGUCAGAAGCAGCGAGUCUCGCGGCGGAUCUCGCGCAGAUCCGAGAAGUCGACCCGAUGAAGGACCUUACCGCGCUGUACAGACAGACCAAGAAGCAGCUCUCGCCCUAUCUAACAAAGCUCUCGACGACGACGACUCGCCGCGACCGACCUACCGCCUCGAGAGGAGGCCCUCCUUCGUCGCAUCCAUCUCACACGGCUUCUUUUUUGUCUUCUUCCUCGUCCCCGCAAACGUCUUCUCCUCCUCCAGUUCCUCCUCAGUCUUCCCAAAUGAUGUCUUCCCGGUCUGUCCCUCUGUCUCCUGCUCCAUCGACUUCUCAGUCCUCUUCUCAGUCUAUCCCUGUGUCUUCUUCUCAAGCUGUUUCUCAGUUUGUCUCUCCUCACUCGAGCCUCGGAUCUUCUUCUCCUUCGCUCUCGGCCUCUUCUGGAGCUGAGGUGAGCGCCGGUCGGAGGUCGUCUGGCGACGCUUUUCCCUUCGAUUUUGCGUCUUCGCGGACUUUGCAUUCUCCGGCUGUCGAAAACCGAGGAAGCGAAUCCGAGCGUCAAGGACUGAACGUCGAGUCGCCGAGUCCCCAAGUGUUCGACUUGAAAACUCCCCCCAGGUCGCCCGCUGCGAGUCCCGAGCAAGGAGAGAAGACGUUGGGUGGGGACGAAGGCGACCCUCUGCGCAUGACCAAGGUCGACAACUGGCUCCUGGAAUGACGCGGUGCUGCGGAGCAGUGAACGACACCAUUUGCAGCGUUUUCACUGUCGAGGAAGCAGUCCGCCGGACACCGAGGAGAGGGGAGUGGGGAGAACAGCAGACAUGCAGAAAAGAGAGAAGGCAGGAAGCGGGGAGGGCGUUGUCGAUAGCAGUUCCGCGGAGAACUCUACCUUCGAGCUCCUGCAGUCGUUGAGAGGCGCGCGCCUGCUUCUGUUUGAGAAAAAACCAGAAUCGAGGUCUGCUUCCAGUUCGUGGAGUCAAGUCCGUCUGUUUCCAUGCCCUUGUGAACACGCAGCUGCAGGGCGUCGUGGAGGUGGAGAAAACUUUGGCGUUUUUGUAAACGGCAGUGAAGAGAAGUCGCAGACGGCCUGCAGCUGACGCGGCCAGAGUUGCUGGGGAGCCAGCGAACUGCAGAGCGAACCAGUGCACAAGACAGCUGCGGUUGGGAAGCCGGUCUGCCCGAGACAGAAAGCCGAGACUGAUCCGGAAAAUCUCAGUUGACGCAUUCCACUGGCGUACGCCAGGGAAGUUCUGGAGCGUCUGUACCCCGUCACGAGAGUAGUCCCAUACAGUUUCGAAUCAACAAACACUGGAGUGCGUCGGAUACUGAGUCUAGUUAAUCUCCAGUCCAUACAAAGUCGCUGUUCCGUAGAGAGAAGCUUGAGAGAAGCAGGAGAUGCGCUCUUGGGCUCUCAGCCAACACCGAGAAACAGUUCUGAAUCGAGGAUCACUUGUACGCAGCACAACUGCGCGCAAAAUGUGGUGACUACAACACACGGCGAGCUCGGCUCCC